UGAGUCAGAGGUUCUCUGUGCUGCUGUCACGCAGGGGCUCCUGCAUCACCCUCCUCUGUGACGUCACAAUGACUGUACACAGGAAGAAGCCACAGAAUAGGAACUAGGAGAGGGAGGAUAAUAAUGUGCAUGUGAGAGGGAAGGAUGUUUUUGUGUGUCCCACAUUUCCUGCUGCAACUUUUUUGUUCUCCGUUCCAGCAUGCAGGACAAAGAGAGAGAUGCAGCUUUCAGCGGAUGGUCUGAGGGUGGUCCCACCAUGGCUGAAUCUCACCCAGAUUCUCCCACCAGCAAGUCUUUCGACUUGUUCAACUUGGUCGUCUCCUACAAGAGGAUAGAAAUUUAUCUGGAGCCAAUCAGAGACUGCUGGGAUGGAAUUAAAUACCUCUUGAGGUGGGAAACGCCAAUCUUUUCACUAGUCACAUGUUUCAUCGUAAAUAUUCUGUUGCUCACUUUAAAUGAAGUGGCAUGGUUCUCUGUGGGAGCCCUGGCUGUCUCCAUACCUGCCCUCUUCGGUUACCUCCAGCAGAUGUCGCACACUCCUAUCCCUGAGCCGGAGCUAGCCAGGAGGAAAUACUACAGCGUGCGGCGAGAGGAGCUGCAGAAAGUGAGACUUACGCGUCAGGAAGCCGUGGCGGAGUUUAAGAGCUUUUUAAUUCACCUGGAGAUGAUACUUAAUCUGAUCUGCGGCACCUGCGAGAAGGUCCAUCAGGUCCUGUACUGGCAGGACCCCUCGGCCUCCUUCCAGUUGUACGGGUUACUGCUGGGCUCUAUUUGCACCCUCUAUCUCAUGCCCCUGUGUUGGGUUCUGGCUAUUAUAAACAGCACCUUGUUCCUGCGAAACGCUGACUUCUACAGAGUUGUUGCGGAAUGCAGAGCUGCUCUGCAGCAGCGAAGCCGAUGCGAAAGCGUUCCGGUAGCACCAGCGCAAACAGAACAAGAGCAGGAAAAUAUUCCAGUCGUGGAUCGCGCUCCCACUCCCGUCCCCAUCAACCCGGACUUCUCCUCCUGCUUGGACAGCUCCGAAUUUACAAGCCAUAAACUGGAUCUCUCUCCGGGAAGUGUGGAGGAAGCGGAGGAGGCCGAGCCUGAUGAGGAAUUUAAAGACGCUAUAGAGGAGGAUGACGACGUUUCCCAGUGCCCGUCCGAUUACGAGCUGAAUCUCCAGGACAACGGAUUCAUCAGCAGAAAUGAUGCGAUUAAAAACAAAGUAUCCAAACUGACUGAGCGGCUACGCAAGCGAUACCCCGCCAAUAACUUGGGUACAUGUAGUGGAUGCAAUGCAACCUUUUCGGUACUGAAAAAGAGGCGAAGCUGCAGUAACUGCGGGAAUAGCUUCUGUUCCAGGUGCUGCUCUUAUAAAGUCCUAAAAUCCGUUAUGGGUGCCACAGCACCUGAUGCACAGAGAGAAACUGUAUUUGUUUGUGCACCCUGCAACCAGGCAUUAAGCAAAUAAGUCUGGAAUACUCUCUAUGGACUUGGAAAGCGUCAAACGAAACUUUUUCCUCGAUCCGAAGACCGUUCUAGAACUACUGUAACUGUAACAUGGCCUCCCUGGUGUGAGUGUGGUAGCCCAAUGCCUGCCCGCAUCAUAAGUAGCUGUAACAUUACAUGUUUUGUACACAGUCCGUAUAUCUAUAUAGGUGUAUAUACCAUAUGCCAAGAAGUCACAGCCAUUUUCUAAAAAAAAAAAAAGAAAAAGAAAAAAAAACUUUUGAAGGUUCCUUUAAUUAGACCUAAGAUUAUUACAUUUUAGUACUUGAAACAACCAUUGUUACGGUUUUUUAGUGGCACAUUCCCGGGGAGUGAGGACACAUGGCUUUGUGGCGCUUUUAUUUGCAUCCCCGACUUAAAUUUAUCAGCGAAUUAGAGGAGUGGGAUUAUUCGUAGGACCUCGAAGAGGUAAUGACCGAUAGGCCUUUAUUGUCCAGAUGCAUCAAUCAAGUCUAGUGACGAGUUCUCUCCUGCAGCUGGUGGAGCACUAGAGACUACAGCUGGGCGCAAUGAACUGUGUCGUACUGUGGCCUCGUCUGUACACUUAGAACAGUCUAGUCGGUGAGUAGCUGUUAUGCAGAAAGAUUCUAGACGGCUGAGACUGCGGCCUGUAAUUUUUUAGGAGGCUCUCACCUGUCUGGCGUCUGCUGUACAGGAAGAUGCACUGUUUUUUUGGGCACAAUUUUUUUUCUGUCUCUGUCUUCUAUGUUGUGUUGUUUAUACAACUUUUAUUGAUAUUUUAUAGGGUGACUCUUGCUAAAUGUUUUAUUGUUACCCAUCAUCUUCAUGUUAGUAGAAUCACAUGACGUUCCAUCCCCACCAGUGCUGCAAUGUGUCUUCUACGUUCUCUCAAAAUGCGGAGGAAAGAAGACUUUCGUAAAGAUUGUGGUUCUGCUACUUUUAUAACUUUUUAUCCUUUUUUUCCUCCCCAAUGUAUGUUAUCGGUGUGUUGUCUUUCGGCAAGGUUUUCUUUCUACAGCUAUAAUUACCAAGUCUUCUCCCUCAACCGUCAAAUAGUGAAAGAUGUUGGGCUAUGUGCAAUGGUUGCUGGGGAAAAAAAACCCUGAAUACUACAUUAUCUUCAAUGGGCAGUUAGGAUUAUUAGAUAUAUUAAACCCUAAUGUAUAUAUUAAAUGCCACAACACUCCCCUCGAUGACUGGUUGGUGUGUUGGCUUGUUGUGUGUGCCAAAAAUAGGCAUAACACAUGAAUAUCCGAGCACAAAGUCCUACACUGGAUAUUAGUAGUUUCUCAAAGAACACAAGGAAUCAUUCGUACUGUAGAUUAGGUACGUCUGUAUCUUCAGAAGCAAGUGCUCAUUACUUUCUUGUGUUUGCAUACUGUAUAUAUGUUUGUUUCUACACACAUGAAAAUAUACAUGAACACGGCGGUUGCUAGGCUGCACGUGUUUAUCCAAACAGCACCCGCAUUAAGUCAAUCGUUCUCACAGCUCUUCUACUAGACUGUUUCCAUAACUACAUUUUUCAGAAUAAAGUAGUUUUAGUGUUAACGAACAAUCCAUAUAUUCACUGCUCUACGGCGCUCGUUCAGACCUGAUCGCUGCUGUGCGUUUUUGACGCCCGAUGGCUGCCUUAGCCCUGCGUUCGCCUCUGCCUGAUUGACAGGUAGAGGCGGUUGCUGGGCGAUGCGGCGGCGUUUGGCCACCAUUAAGGGGGCGCGGUCCGGGCAACACAGGCGUGCCUGGACCAUGGGGCAGGGCGGGCCGCGGCGGCUGUGUGACAUCAUAUGCAGCUGCUGCGACUCGGGCAGCGACGAAUAGCUCCCUGCCCCAGCACAGGAGCUGCGCUGGUUGGGAGCUACUCUUCCAGUACAAAAGCAUCACCGCUGUGCAAUGCUUUUGUACUUGUGCGGGGACUGAUCUUAAGACUGAUCGUAGAUGUGCUAAAUUUAGCACAUCCACGAUCAGGUCUGAAUUACCUUCCAUCAUGAACGGUCUCUCCUCGUAAUCUGCUCCUGUUCGUCCCACGUAUUUGCCUAUUGCUGCUAAAUUUUGAUAACCAGAGAAAAGGCAUCUUCCUCAUGGAGUUAUACAGCAAAGUUAACCGAAUUAUGAAAAUAAGUGACAAGACUUGGAGUCUUGGUGUAAAGAGGUCAGUUUGUAAGAUUAGGCUUAAUUAUCUUGCGCCGCUCUCUUUACAUAGAAAAGGAAAGUGUUGUAAUCAUUGUUUGCUCUCUCUCUCUCUCUCUCUCUCUCUCUCUCAUACUCUGGAAAUUAUGUUUAAAAAUGAAAUAUUAGAAGGAAAAACCCAUUGUUCAUGAUUACACUUUAAAGCAGUUCUUUGAGUGCGAGAUCUCAUUAAAUUAAGGUCCUUAGCUUUUUCUUAUCUGGACCAGAAGUUGUGAUUACAUGACUCUGAAUACAAUUAAAUGAAGAACAAAUAAUGUCUAACACUAGAGCUUAGAGAGGAUACUAAAAAAUGCUGUAUUGCCUGGCAGUAGAUAAAAUGGGGAGAUGUUUCAAGCCUUGGAGAGAGUCAUUUAUCUAGAACAGUCUGCGUAAAGACAGUUCAAAGCUUAUUGGUUGUUCUGGGUAGCUUCUCCAUUUUCAUCUCUCUCAAAAGUUUGAUACCUCUCCCCAAAAAGCCUUGGAAGGCCGCCAAAUCUAGAGGAUAUGAAGGCUGCAGGCCUUUGGUAAUAAGAGAGUGUUUAUCAUCUUAUGGCAAUGUGUUUUUUGUUUUCUAAUGUUGACAGUCAAUGCGGUCCUUCAAAGUUUUUUGAUGGACCCUAGCAUUAGUGAGAAAAGUCAAAGUCUAUUCAUGAAGCAGUGAAAAUUGCGGAGAAGUAAGCCAGUGGAGAAGUUGCCCAUGGCAACCAAUCAGUGUUGAACUAACAUUUAUAAAUUGCAUUCUAUAAAAUGAUACGUAGCAGCCGAUUGGUUGCCAUAAGAAACUUCUCCACUAGCCCCCUUCUCCACACUUUUCACUGCUUCAUGAAUAGACCCCUUAGUUUCUUGUCUAAGGGGGUAAUUCAGACCUGAUUGUAGCAGCAAAUUUGUUAGCAGUUGGGCAAAACCAUGGUGGUCAUUCCAAGUUGAUCGCUCGUUAUAUUUUUUUCGCAACGGAGCGAUUAGUCGCUAAUGCGCAUGCGCAAUGUCCGCAGUGCGACUGCGCCAAGUAAAUUUGCUAUUAAGUUAGGUAUUUUACUCACGGCAUUACGAGGUUUUUUCUUCGUUGUGGUGAUCGUAGUGUGAUUGACAGGAAGUGGGUGUUUCUGGGCGGAAACUGGCCGUUUUAUGGGUGUGUGCGAAAAAAUGCUGCCGUUUCUGGGAAAAACGCGGGAGUGUCUGAAGAAACGGGGGAGUGUCUGGGUGAACGCUGGGUGUGUUUGUGACGUCAAACCAGGAACGAAACUGACUGAACUGAUCGCAGUGGCAGAGUAAGUCUCGAGCUACUCAGAAACUGCUAAGAAGUGUCUAUUCGCAAAUCUGCUCAUCUUUCGUUCACAAAUCUACUAUGCUAAGAUUCACUCCCAGUAGGCGGCGGCUUAGCGUGUGCAAAGCUGCUAAAAGCAGCUUGCGAGCGAACAACUCGGAAUGAGGGCCCAUGUGCACUGCAGGGUGGACAGAUAUAACGUGCAGAGAGAGUUAGAUUUGGGUGGGGUGUGUUCAAACUGAAAUCUAAAUUGCAGUGUAAAAAUAAAGCAGCCAGUAUUUACCCUGCACAGAAACAAAAUACACACCCAAAUCUAAGUCUCUCUGCACAUGUUAUAUCUGCCCCCCCCUGCAGUGCACAUGGGGGGUCAUUCCGAGUUUUGCUGCUCGUGCGAUCAACUAGACGCCGCCUAUGGGGGAGUGUAUUUCUGCAUAGCAGGGCUGCGAAAGCUUGUGCAGCCCUGCUAUGCUAAAAACGUUUCUAGCAAAACAAGACCAGCCCUGGACAUACUUACCAUUUGCGACGGAUCCAGCGAUGCAGGUCCCGGAUUUGAUGUCAUCCGCCCUCAAAACGCAUGGACAGGCCUGCGUUCGCUGGACCACUCCCGGAAAAAGGUCAGUUGAUGCCCCGACACGCGUUCCUCCUGUCAAUCUUCUUGCGGUCGCCGCUGCGACCGCUUUCCUCAUUCCCCGCUUCGUUGCCCGGCGACAGCCGUUGCCGGGCAAUGAUGCACGUGUACAAUGCGCGGCAUGCGCAGUUCCGACCCGAUCGCACCGCUGCGAAGAAGUGCAGCGUGCGAUCGGGUCGGAAUGACCCCCAUGGUUUUGCCCAACUGCUAACAAAUUUGCUGCUACAAUCAGGUCUGAAUUACCCCCUAUAUUUCCCCCUGCCCGAACAAAACCUGGCCCAAAAACUUGUAUUUGGAUAAUUGAGUAAUAUUGAGUGAACAUUUUUUUUAUUUUUUUUUGGCGGGUGUUAUUUUGGGAUCAGUACUAAAUGCC